AUGCUUCGACGUGCACCAGUAACUCCGGACGGAAAGCUUUUGUAUCGCUUUCAAGAGAGCAACCGCGUCAACAAACCCUUCAAACCACCGACACUCACCGCAUCUCGCGAUCAGCCACAAAGGAAACGGAAACGCGUCUCCUACAAGGGCGCACAGGCUGCCGAUGACGAUUCUGGCUCUGACAACGAAGGCCCAUCAAAGAAGAAGAAGAAGGCAGGCAAGGAUGGCUUCGAGCGUCCUCUCGACAACAACAUAGUCAACUACCCCGUGUACAAGCCGAAGCCUUUCGACCAGAUCCCGCGACGCUUUUCGAUCCCGCAGAUGCGGAACAAGGAUGGCGAGAUUAUUCCAACGGUACAAUCAAACGCUGCUCUCGGUAUCAGACCGUUGGCGAAUAUCAUCCCCCGACCACUGCACGAUCCCAUGGCGGAUCAUGCCAUCGUACUCUAUGAUCCUACGAUCGACGACAGGGAGACGGAUGAGGAGCGGAGAGAACGAGAGAAGGAGGAGGCCAAGGAGCGCGCAUUGAAGGAGGCGCAGGAGAAGUGUGCUGGGAUGUACAAUCCCCACAAGAGCUUGAAGGAGUUGUUGGGCGGCGGGAAGGACAAGAAGAAAGUGGACAAGGUGCCCGUAGUGAUUGACCCACGUCUGAGCAAGGUGCUCCGUCCCCACCAGGUCGAGGGUGUCAAGUUCUUGUACCGGUGUACGACCGGGAUGGUCGUGGAGAACCAGUACGGUUGCAUCAUGGCUGACGAGAUGGGCCUCGGGAAGACCCUGCAAUGUAUCGCUCUGAUGUGGACGCUCCUCAAGCAGUCGCCACAUCCUGGGAGAUGUACCAUCGACAAGUGCAUCAUCGCUUGCCCGUCCAGUCUCGUCAAAAAUUGGGCCAAUGAAUUAGUCAAGUGGCUAGGCAAGGAUGCAAUCGCUGCGCUGGCGAUUGACGGCAAAGGUGGCAAAACUGAGAUGCUGGAGAAAGUUGCCCGCUGGGUGGCCGCAUCUGGUCGCAAUGUGACGCAACCAGUCAUGAUUGUAUCGUAUGAGACGCUGCGUACGUUGACCGCGCACCUCGCGAACUGCACGAUCGGGCUGUUGCUGUGUGACGAAGGCCACCGGCUGAAGAACUCGGAAUCUCAGACCUUCCAAGCACUGAACAGCUUGAACGUGAAGCGGCGAGUAAUCCUCUCAGGAACGCCUAUCCAGAAUGACCUGUCCGAAUACUUCUCUCUGCUCAACUUCGCCAAUCCCAACUUCCUCGGCUCGAAGAACGACUUCCGCAAGAACUUCGAGAAUGCCAUCAUUCGUGGCCGCGAUGCAGACGCCACUGAUGCAGUGAAGGCGGAAUGCGAGAAGAAGCUCAAGGAGCUCGGUGGCAUCGUCGCCAAGUUCAUCAUCCGCCGUACCAACGACCUCCUUUCCAAGUAUCUACCGGUCAAGUACGAGCAGGUGGUCUUCUGCAGGCCCUCCGAGCUGCAGCUCUCCCUCUAUCGGCUCUUCAUCUCGUCCCCUGAGAUCCAGGCGCUGCUGCGCGGGAAGGACUCGCAGCCGCUCAAGGCGAUUAACAUCCUAAAGAAGUUAUGCAACCACCCCGAACUGCUCGACUUGCCUGGCGACCUCCGGGGCUCUGAGAAGCUCCUUCCCGAAGACUAUAGCGGUGCGGGAAGCAGCUCGCGGGACAAGGGGAGAAACCAGAUUAUUCAUUGCGAGUGGAGUGGCAAGUUCCUUGUGCUGGAGAGGUUCCUCCACCGCAUACACACGGAGACGAACGACAAGAUCGUCCUGAUCAGCAACUAUACGCAGACGCUGGACCUGUUUGAGAAGCUGCUGCGUAGCAAGAAGUACGGCUACUUCCGGCUGGACGGCACGAUGACGAUCAACAAGCGGCAGAAGCUGGUUGAUCAGUUCAACGACCCAAGCGGCAAGGAGUUCAUUUUCUUGCUGAGCAGCAAGGCAGGUGGAUGUGGUAUCAACCUAAUCGGCGCGAACCGUUUGAUCCUCUUCGACCCUGACUGGAACCCGGCCGCCGACCAACAGGCACUCGCUCGUGUUUGGCGAGACGGACAGAAGAAGGAAUGCUUCGUGUACCGAUUCAUCUCAACGGGCACGAUCGAAGAGAAAAUCUUCCAGCGCCAAGCCAACAAGCAGUCGCUCUCUUCCGCCGUCGUCGACGAAAAAGAGGACGUCGAGCGCCACUUUUCCCUUGACUCGCUGCGGAAGCUGUUCCUGUUCAACGAGAACACGCUUUGCGAGACGCACGAGACGUUCAAAUGCAAGCGGUGCAAGAACGGCAGGCAGUUCAUGAAGGCUCCUGCAUUGUUGUAUGGCGAUGCUAGCACGUGGAACCACUUCACGAACGGCGAAUUGAAGAACAACCACGACGAUCUGCUUCGAGCUGAGGUUGGCUCGCCCGAGGUAUCGUUCGUCUUCCAGUACAUCAGCCACUAAUCGCCGCCGCCCGACCGUUUCUUCGCGUUCUGUGUUCUCUUUCGCGUUGUGUCAUGGACUUGUUGGGAUGCAUACAUAGCUUGCGGUUUUAGGAUCCU